AUGGCCGGAACAGGAAAGAAGGGGCACGCUUUCCUGUUCCCUCCGCCCCCCAUCCCAAGCAGGGGCCCCAGCCCUGGGCCGCAAGUCCCCUCCCGGGCGCUCCGCGCUAAGGGCCUGCAAAGUCGACUAAAACAAAGGCUGAGGGAUGCGCAAUACGGUGGGGCCUCGGCGCCCUUCCUUAGAAGACAAACAGGCAUGGGGUGGGGCCGAGCGGGUCGAGCCCGCAGCGCUAAAACGCGCUCCUCCAAUCCUGCAGCUGGCUCCGGCACGUGGUGCAUCUGCGCGCCCUGUCGCCGGCGCGGGGUGCUAGCCCGAGAAGGCUUUCCGAAAAGAAAUCACCCUGACUCUCUGUACGACGCUCGGCGGGAGGUGGUGUUUACUAGUGUAUCCCCAAGCUUCAACUCCAGUCCUCAGACUUCCUGCGACCCUGUCUGGCCGCCGCAUCCUCCUCUCCACACACCACACUGUGAAACCUCGAAGCGCUCGUGUCCUUCGAGCGCUCCCGGGACCAGUCCAAGAGGGCUCCCGCGACUCGCGCAUGCGGACUCGGCGGCCGCAGCCCAGACUCAGCCACCUCCCCCAGGCCGGCGGGGUGGUUUACAGCCCUCUGACAGCUCCACCACCGACGGAAGCAGCCUUGUCUCGUGCUUCCACGUUAUCCUAUCAGAGGAGGGGCGGGGCAGCGGUCUCCGAAGCCAAUCAGCGCCACCAGUCCAAGAGGGCUCCCGCGACUCGCGCAUGCGGACUCGGCGGCCGCAGCCCAGACUCAGCCACCUCCCCCAGGCCGGCGGGGUGGUUUACAGCCCUCUGACAGCUCCACCACCGACGGAAGCAGCCUUGUCUCAAGCGAGGCACCGGCGCGUCCUGGGACGCGGGGACUGUUGUCGCUUGGCUCCUGGGGACUCUGUUGGUCGGGGCGCUGGGAGGAGGCGGUGGCCAAGAUGGGAGUCGCCUUUCGCAGUGGAGUUUCCAGGUGCUGAAUGUGGAGUAAAUGCAGAUGUUGAGAAACAUCUUGAAUUGGGCAAGAAAUUACUUGCAGCUGGACAGCUAGCUGACGCUUUAUCUCAAUUUCAUGCUGCAGUAGAUGGUGACCCUGAUAAUUAUAUUGCAUAUUAUCGGAGAGCUACUGUCUUUUUAGCUAUGGGCAAAUCAAAAGCAGCACUUCCUGAUUUAACUAAAGUGAUUCAAUUGAAGAUGGAUUUUACUGCAGCAAGAUUACAGAGAGGUCACUUAUUACUCAAACAAGGAAAACUUGAUGAAGCAGAAGAUGAUUUUAAAAAAGUGCUCAAAUCUAAUCCAAGUGAAAACGAAGAAAAGGAAGCCCAGUCUCAGCUUAUAAAGUCUGAUGAAAUGCAGCGUUUGCGUUCACAAGCACUUGAUGCUUUUGAAAGUGCAGAUUAUACUGCUGUUAUAACCUUCCUUAAUAAGAUUUUGGAGGUUUGUGUUUGGGAUGCAGAACUACGAGAACUUCGAGCUGAAUGUUUCAUAAAAGAAGGGGAACCUCGGAAAGCUAUAAGUGACUUAAAAGCUGCAUCAAAAUUGAAGAAUGAUAAUACUGAGGCAUUUUUAAAAAUCAGCACACUGUACUACCAACUAGGAGACCAUGAGCUAUCCCUCAGUGAAGUUCGUGAAUGUCUUAAACUUGAUCAGGAUCAUAAAAGGUGUUUUGCACACUAUAAACAAGUGAAGAAACUCAAUAAGCUGAUUGAGUCAGCUGAAGAGCUUAUCAGAGAUGGCAGAUACACAGAUGCCACGAGCAAAUAUGAAUCUGUCAUGAAAACAGAGCCCAACAUUGCUGAAUAUACACUUCGUUCAAAAGAGAGGAUUUGUCACUGCUUUUCUAAGGACGAGAAGCCUGUGGAAGCUAUUAGAGUGUGUUCUGAAGUUUUACAAAUGGAACCUGACAAUGUGAAUGCUCUGAAAGAUCGAGCAGAGGCCUACUUAAUAGAAGAAAUGUAUGACGAAGCUAUUCAGGAUUAUGAAGCUGCUCAGGAACACAAUGAAAAUGAUCAGCAGGUUCGGGAAGGUCUAGAGAAAGCACAGAGACUAUUGAAACAGUCACAGAAACGAGAUUAUUAUAAAAUCUUGGGAGUAAAAAGAAAUGCCAAAAAGCAAGAAAUUAUUAAAGCAUACAGAAAAUUAGCACUGCAGUGGCACCCAGAUAACUUUCAGAAUGAAGAAGAAAAGAAAAAAGCUGAGAAAAAAUUCAUUGACAUAGCAGCUGCUAAAGAAGUCCUCUCGGAUCCAGAAAUGAGGAAGAAGUUUGAUGAUGGAGAAGAUCCUCUGGAUGCCGAAAGCCAACAAGGAGGAGGUGGCAACCCUUUUCACAGAAGCUGGAACUCAUGGCAAGGUUUCAAUCCUUUCAGUUCAGGAGGACCAUUUAGAUUUAAAUUCCACUUCAAUUAAACCAACUGUUUUUCUGCUCUUCUUCCUUAAUUUUUUAAAGAUUAAAAACAAAACCUGUACUGGGAUCCCAAUGAAAAAAGUCUCAAAUCUUUGUUUGUCCAUGACCAAAGAGUUGUUUUAAUAAGAAAAAUCCAUUUUAGACUGAAGGUUAAUGGCUUUUCAAGGGCAGGGAGGCGAGGAAUUGUUCUGCUGACAGAGCAGCCCAUACCCAUUUCAUCGGUGUCCGACAGUGGCUGGAGGCAACUCACCUGUGGAAGUGCUCACCGAUUCUGUCUUUCCCAACACUGGCGCACAGAUUCUUCUCUUCCCAACCUGGCAUAGUACCUGUAUGGAAGAGCUGUCAUCUUCGUGGCCGUGUCGCAGUAUUCUUCAGGAGAACGCGAACAGUUAUGCCAUACGUUCUUAGGGACAGCUAUGCUUAGAUUUUGGUGCACCUGGUCAUUUGCAAGUGUUAAAUUCCCGUACCUCCUUUAACACACAAGCCGCCUGCACCAGCAUCACGAGUGUCAGUAAGGAGGACAGAGCUUGUCUUUUCGGAAAGUUGCCACCAGAUGGCGGUCAGUGUGUCCAGGAGUGCUGUUAAGCAUAUUUUGGGGGGUGGCUGGUACCUAGAGAAGAAUACCAACUUGAAUUUAAUUGCAAAACUUAUGGGCUCUUUUGUUUACAAUUAAAGAGUUUAAUUAAGUAGUCUAAAAGUAAUACAUAAAAAAGGUUCAGAUAGUGUAGCUGUGGUAUUUAAAUAAUACUGCUGAAGUUUUAUUUGAAAUACUUUUUAAGCAACCCAAGUUCUGAGUUGUGUUACAGGAUUUCCUGAAACAAAAUUGGCUUAGAAAUUUAAAAUUGCUCAGACAACAGAAACACAGAAUGCCGCAAUUCCUACCUUCAAGCAGUCCAGUGGGGUGGCUUCUCUUACCUAUGGCUGCACCCUGGGCCGUAGCGACUUCCCUCUGGGAGCUGUUCACUGGUGCACAGUGGACGGCAGAUCUGCCCUCACCCAGCCUGGAUGCCGGGAGGCCUUCUCCUGCCUGGGAGGAAGCGCAGAUUUGCACGUCGGUCAGCGCUGGCUGUGUGCAUGUGUCCUUUCAUUUAACCAGUUGAUGUCUCCUCUUGAGCUACCUUACCUUCCUGAUACUGUUUCAGAAAGUUAUCUAAAAAGUGUACUAUUCAGUCUUUGUAUACUGGCUGAUUUUUGCCCUAAAAAAAUGAGUGUUAUUAAAUCAAGAUCUUUGUAUACUUAUGGAACUACUGAUGCUGCAUUUAAAAUCUAAGAUAAUUACUUUAGAUAAGAAUUAUUACCUUUAUUCUAGAAAGGUUUUUGUUUUUACCUUGAAGCAUUCUGAAACAUCUUAAGGAUUAAAGGGUCUAAUGGAUUUUUAUGAAAUCAAGCAUUUUAAUUCACCGAGGCAUCCUGUCCAUGAAUGUCUGCAGAAGCCAAGCACAAGUAAUGUUUUCCUGUAGUCAUGUCCUUAACAUAGGCAGAAAAAAUAUUUUAACUGAAGGACACAAUCACAUAAUUGAGCAAAACACUCAAGUGCUUUUUGCAUCUAUGUAGGAAUCUAUUUCUUAUCAAUAAACUUAAAAAUGCAUUCUGAAAACUAGUGGCCAGCUUGCAGCUUUUGUUUUAGUGGUACAAAACUCAAGCCAAUGUGAAAUUUUCCAGGUAAUUCCUCUUUGUUCUUUAGUUAUCUCAUUACCUCACUAAUUAUGGUCAGCAAUGUGUAUUUUAAAAUCCUGUUCCUUCUGCAGAUGUUACUGUGACCUCUUUGAAAUAUAGUAAUGGCCUCCACCUACUUUGAAAAGGAAAUUUCUGCAUAGUGAGAACACCUGCCCUUCCCUUUGGAGAGGAUGAAAAGUUGCCAACAAAGAGCCAGAGGAGUAUGGGCUUGGCUGAGGGCUGGAAGGGAGAGGUGUCCCAGGCCUCACUGCCUCCCAGCUUGCUGCCCAGGCAGUUUUUUCUUCACUAGUAACAAAAUUAGUGUGGAUUAAGUUAACUUAAUGGAAAUGUGCAGAGAGCUCUACAGCCUUUUUCAGUGAAGAGAAAGCAGCUUUGGUGCUAAGUGCCAACACUACAGGGAACACAUUCUCUACUCGGUUGUUUAGCUGAUUAAUGAAGGUCGUAAUGACCUUUAAGUUCCAUCUUGGAUGGUCACCGGAAGUCUCCCGGUGUCCUCCCUCCCACAUGGGAAAGAUGGUAACUGCUUUCCUUCAGCAGCAACUGAGAAAAAUCCUGAAUAUGUAAAAGGAUAAACGGUCAUUCCUCCCACUUGUCUAAUGUAUGCAUUAUAAAACUACAUUACUGAGAAGGCAUUUUCCCUUUUUUGUUAGUCUAUUUUCCACAUUCCAGUCCAUUUUUAGGGACUGCAGGUGCCAGGUAACCUUUGUGGCUCUUCUGAGAAAAAAUAGGAUCAGGAGAGGUGGCCUAGCCUUAGCUGUAUUCCAUCAUUCCCAAUCCCCACCUUCCCUUGUGGGAGCUUCUGGAGAGGAGUCACUGCACUUUCCACAGCAGGAAGUUUAAACACAUCAGCUUUAAGCCGUAAAGUUCCUAAUUCAUUCCUCAGUUCUGAAAGCAUGUGCUUUCUUACCAUGAAUGAUUGGAUGAAAACUUGAAAACAACUUUAACAAUUAAAUGUGACUGGAAGUAACAUUUAAUUUUAUAAUUUUUUUCUCUUUAGUGUUGUAAAUCUAUAUUUCAGUAUCAGUAUGAAAACAAGUUGUUGGGAGUUUUGAUAGUAGGAUUUAAAACCUACCAUGAUUAAAAAAAAAAUUACUGAUGUAACCAUGUUUUAAGGCCAGUAGGAUCACAAUUUGAAAUUGGCACCUUUUUUCUUCCUAAUAAAUAAUGAAAAAUUUCAGGUUUAAAGGCAUAAAGUUGUACUUGGUGUUUACCCUAAAUUAAAGAAAAUGUGUAAGAAAGAGGCACAAAUUAAAACUGGC